CCUAAACAGAGAGAAUCAUGCCUGCUGAAGUCGUGAAAGCGCCCAAGAAGGGCUCAAAGAAAGCCGCGUCUAAGGCCACCAAGACCGGCAAGAAGAGGAGAAAGUCCAGGAAAGAGAGCUACGCCAUCUACGUGUACAAGGUGCUGAAGCAGGUCCACCCCGACACCGGCAUCUCCUCCAAGGCCAUGGGCAUCAUGAACUGCUUCGUGAGCGACAUCUUUGAGCGCAUCGCCGGUGAGGCCUCCCGUCUGGCUCACUACAACAAGCGCUCCACCAUCACCUCCAGGGAGAUCCAGACCGCCGUCCGUCUCCUCCUGCCCGGCGAGCUGGCCAAGCACGCCGUGUCUGAGGGCACCAAGGCCGUGACCAAGUACACCAGCUCCAAGUGAAGCUGCUGCUGGAAGACCUCCACCUCAAAGGCUCUUUUCAGAGCCGCCCACCUCCUCUAAGACACGAGUUCCUCAUUGUUACUAUUA